AUGGCACAAGACGCAGCCAGACAGCCCAAGACGUGGUUCAUCACGGGGUGCUCGAGCGGCUUCGGCGAGGCGCUCGUGAGGAGGCUGCGCGCCGAGGGCGACAACGUGAUCGCGACGGGACGGCAGGCCGACGUCAGGCUCGCGCACCUGCGGGACACGGGGGCGCGGGUCAUGGACCUCGACGUCUCGGCGCCCGAGGCCGUGAUCCGGGCCAAGGUCGAGGAGGCGUGGGGGGUGUUCCCGGGGGGCGUGGACGUCGUUGUGAAUAAUGCGGGUUACGUGCUUUCUGCGCUGACGGAGGAUUUGACACAGGAGAAGACGGAGGAGAGUUUUCGGACGAAUUUCCACGGCCCGAUGAAUAUCACCCGCGCGUUCUUGCCGUUCCUGAGGAAGAAGGGGACGGGGACCCUGUUGUAUCUCGGGUCGCAGGCCGCGUGGCACGCGGAUCCGUCCGCGGGGGCGUACUGCGCCAGCAAAGCCGCCUUAUCCAUGGCCGUCGAAUGCCUCUCGAAGGAGCUCGCCUUCGUGGCCCCGGGCCUGAAGGUGCUGAUUCUGGAGCCGGGGUACUUCCGGACCGAGGUGUUCGUCAAGAUCACGCACCCGCACCCGCCGCCGCGGGCGACGGACGCGGCGUUGACGGCGUUCGACGAGGCCGUGAGGGCGGGCGAGAGCCAGAUCCACGGGACGGAGCCGGGCGACCCGGCCAAGGCGGUGGAGAGGAUGGUGGAGCUCGUCCGGGGCACGGGGAUGGCGGAGGGGAGGGAGGUGCCGUUGAGGGUGCCGUUGGGGACGGACGGGUUGGAGAGGAUCAAGGGGAAGUGCGAGGGGGUUUUAGAGGUUUGCAAGGAGUGGGAGGACGUUGCGAGGAGUACGGAUUGGUGA